GCCCUCUACAGGGACGUCAUGCAGGAGAACUACGAGACGGUGACCUCGCUGGGGUUCCCCAUUCCCAAACCUGACCUGAUCGCCCGGCUGGAACGAGGAGAAGAGCCGUGGGUCUCGGAUCUCCAGGCCGAUGAGGAAAGGGAGAGCCCAAGAGGCACCUGCACAGCAGGUGACAGGACAGUGAUUGAGAACAAGGAGGAGAAUCAGCAGCAGGAAGGUCCUGAGCAAGUGGAGCCGCAGAAGAGGUUUUUGAGCAGAGCUGAAGGGAAUUUUUCCCAGUGCUUGGAACAAGGAAAUGCCUGGGGAGAUCGACACCGAUCAGAGAUGCAGCUGGGAAACUAUCCUGGGAAGAAACUGGAUGAAUCUCUUCAAGGUGGUGGAAGAUGCAAGAAUCCCAAGGAAACCACAAUCCAGCAGACAAGUCACAAUGAAGAAAAACCCUACAAAUGCCUUGAGUGUGGGAAGAGUUUCCAGGUCAGUACAUUCCUUCUCAGACAUUGGAGAACUCACACAGGAGAGAAGUCCUAUCAAUGCAUAGACUGUGGGAGAAGCUUCAGUGAGAAGUCAAGCUUUAUUGUGCACCAGAGACUGCACACAGGAGAGAAACCCUAUCAAUGCCGCCUUGAGUAUUGUAAAAGUUUUAGUCAGAGGUCACCACUUAUGGCACAUCACAGAUCCCACACAGGAGAGAAGCCCUAUAAAUGCUUAGACUGUGGGAAAAGCUUCAGUAAAAAAACCCAUCUUGUUAUACACCAGAGAGUGCACACAGGAGAGAGACCAUAUAAGUGUCUUCAGUGUGGGAAAAGUUUCAGUCAGAGUUCAAACCUUAUUGUACAUCAGAAACUGCACACAGGCGAGACACCAUAUAGAUGCUGUGAGUGUGGAAAAAGUUAUAGCAAAAGUUCAUACCUUAUUAAACAUGCAAGAAUCCACACGGGAGAAAGACCCUAUAAAUGCCUCAAGUGUGGGAAAAGUUUUAUGGAAAGUUCAUCCCUUAUUAAACAUGGGAGAAUCCACACAGGAGAAAAACCCUAUAAAUGCCUGGACUGUGGGAAAAGUUUCAGUCAAAGCUCACACCUUACUCAACAUGGGAGAAUCCACACAGGAGAAAGACCCUAUAAAUGCCUUGAGUGUGGGAAAAGUUUCAUUUAUCAAUCAGUCCUUACUAAGCAUCAGAGAAUCCACCUAGUUGACAAACCCUAUAAAUGCCUUGACUGUGGGAAAAGUUUUGUUGUCAGAACAAAACUUACUAGACAUCAAGCAAUCCACACAGGAGAGAGACCCUUUAAAUGCCUUAAGUGUGGGAAAAGUUUUAUGGAAAGUUCAUCCCUUACUAAACAUGGGAGAAUCCACACAGGAGAAAGACCCUAGAAAUGCCUUGACUGUGGGGAAAGCUUCAACAGGAGCUCAAAGCUCACCAAACACCAGAAAAUCCACAAAGGUGAGAGACCCUAGAAAUAGUUUGACCGCAGGAAAAGAUUCAAUUUGACUUCACACAUCAGUGAUCAACACAACAGAGAGACCUUGAAUGUGGGGGAAGCUUCAUUUGGUGUUUCCGGAAUAUCAGGGAUCCACAAAUCCGCACAGGGAAGAAACGUCUGAGACGUUCUUAGUGUGGAAAAUGCUCCAAGUGGAGCUAACCCUGCAUUGGACAUAAGAGACUCCUCCAUACAGCAGGGAAAUUCUCUGAGUGCCCUGACUAGGGCUGGCCAUGAUGACAAACCUAUUUCCUCAUUCCCCCUCACAUCAGGGGUGUUUGGCUCCCAAGGAUCCAGCAGCAGCUGGUCAGUCACCCUCUGGCUCUGCCUGGUCUAAGCAAACCCCAGGCAGAGGAGGAGAAGCCCCGUUCAGCCCCUCCCCCCUGCUGCAGCCCUGGCAGCUGAGCAGAUAGGCCAAAGGUGGGGGAAGGAAGAGAGAGAAACUCCUCCGAACGCUCCCUGUUUGGCUGAAGUUCCCUCCUCUUCCUUCCCCUCCCAACCGGGAUCUCCCUGCCAUGGAGAGGAGGAGAAAGACACUUGGGCCAGGCCCCAUCUUCACUCUAAGCACUGGUCCCCACCCCCCAUCUUCUACCACUCCCUGGGCUGGGCUCCCCCACUGACCUGGAGCUGUUCCCUGCAGGGGGAGUGUCCCUGGGGGCUGGUAACUCCUCCCCUCUCCGAAUCCACCAGGGCGCUGGGCUCUGGGGGGGGUCAAAUAUUGAGGGAGCAGGAGGAUGGGUUCUGGGGAGGGUACUGGAAUAAAAUGGUUGGGGCUGGUGGAGCUGGGAAGCAGGAGGAGCUGGGUGCUGGGGUAUUGGGGAUGAUGGGAUAAGAGGCGAGGGAGAGCACAGGGGCAGAGAAGUGCUGCCUCUCAUCACUCACCCCUUCUGCCCCCUCUGCAUUCAGACAGCACCACUGAGAGGGGCUGAUUCCCACAGAGCCAUUUGGGGAAGGCCAAGAGAUCCCUUUUUUGCUUCCGAGCAUCUGUUUAUGGUAGGAAAUGUGGUUGGGAUUAGCCAGUGCAUCUCUGUGACCCUCCACCAGAUUUCCUAGUGUAACCUCA